AUGGCUGAAGCGGCUGAAGCCAAGGAGCAGAGUGCUGGGGAGUUCGCGGUCUUCGUGACUUUGAAAAUCCUUGGAGUCCUCAUCUCACUCUACUUUUUCCUCUUUGGUCUUGACCUGAUGGGCGGUUCCUUCAGUGCACUUGGCAGUAAGGGUGCCGGGAACCUGUUCACCUUUUCGGACAAUCCCAUUGCCGGCCUCAUGGUUGGCAUUUUGGCCACUGUCUUGGUGCAGUCCUCAUCAACAAGCACGAGUAUCGUCGUCAGCAUGGCACAUGCCGGAGACCGCAUCGAACUGGAGCGCGCCUUUUCUGGUGCCACUGUCCAUGACAUGUUUAACAUGCUGUCCGUCCUGACCUUGUUGCCCCUGGAAAUCAUCAUCGCAGCCCUGUCCGGAGAGGGAGGCUUGCUCUUUUUCAUUUCGAAGGGUUUGACGAACGCGAUCAUAGGCGGAGGUGGAGAAUCCGACUUGCGAUUCCCUUCCCCCACCAAAGAGAUCGUCAGCCCCUUCACCAAGUUGUUCUUGAGCAAGGACAAGAACACCAUCAAGGCAUUGUCCUUCGGAGCCCCUGAGGCCCUGAGCUGUGGCACAGACUGCACUAAAUACUGUGUGAGUUCGGACAUGAGCAAAGCUUGGAAGAAGGUUGCGAAAGAGGCCUACGAGACCUUGAUUGCCUGCAAUGGCACCGUGUCGUGCGACUCAGGCAGUUGCUACACCAAUGCGGGAGAAUAUUUUGAGAACAGCAUUGAGACAGGAAGGACCAUCAAAGGUGGUUUCUUGAAAGAUGCUGGUGAUGUUGCUGGUGGCAUCAUUGGACUCAUCCUUUCUCUGGUCGUUCUUUGCGGAGCCUUGAUUGUCAUGGUGAAGCUUCUGCACAGCCUUGUCAUGGGCCAGGCGAAGAAAGUGAUCAUGAAAGGCACCAAGAUGAAUGACUACUUGGCCAUCCUGGUGGGUCUGGGAAUCACUAUCAUUGUGCAAUCCAGCUCUGUGACAACAUCAGCUCUCACUCCGUUGGUUGGCAUUGGAGUCUUGCCCGUUUACAAGAUGCUCCCGAUGACCCUGGGAGCAAACAUUGGCACGACCUUCACUUCAAUGUUUGCAGCACUUGCAGUGAUGAAGGCAGGCAGUCUACAGAUUGCCUUUUGCCACCUGCUGUUCAACCUGAUCGGCAUUUUGAUCUGGUUCCCUGUGCCUGUCAUGCGCAAGGUUGUCAUCCGGGCUGCAUGCACGCUGGGCUUCUAUGCCUCAUACUGGCGCCUGGUUCCACUGAUCUACAUCUUGGUGAUGUUCGUUACAGUGCCUGGUGUGUGCUUGUUGAUUUCCUUGCUCUACUCAGCCAGUGUUGCUGGCGGUGUAGUGGUCACCAUCCUGGCCGUGGCUGCCGUGGCAGGCUUAGUCUACUGGUGGGUGAGACUGGGCGGCUGCUACAAGGUGGUGAGCCAAGAGGAACGUGACGCCCGAAAGGCUGAGAUUGAGGAGGAGAUGGGCGAGACGGGUGUGGCUGAGCCGAAGGAGGAACCUCAGGAGCAGAGUGCUGGGGAGUUCGCGGUCUUCGUGACUUUGAAAAUCCUUGGAGUCCUCAUCUCACUCUACUUUUUCCUCUUUGGUCUUGACCUGAUGGGCGGUUCCUUCAGUGCACUUGGCAGUAAGGGUGCCGGGAACCUGUUCACCUUUUCGGACAAUCCCAUUGCCGGCCUCAUGGUUGGCAUUUUGGCCACUGUCUUGGUGCAGUCCUCAUCAACAAGCACGAGUAUCGUCGUUGGUUUGGUUGGGGCUGAUGUGUUGGCGGUCAAGCAGGCAAUCCCAAUCAUCAUGGGCGCGAACAUUGGCACCUCUGUCACAAACACCAUUGUCAGCAUGGCACAUGCCGGAGACCGCAUCGAACUGGAGCGCGCCUUUUCUGGUGCCACUGUCCAUGACAUGUUUAACAUGCUGUCCGUCCUGACCUUGUUGCCCCUGGAAAUCAUCAUCGCAGCCCUGUCCGGAGAGGGUGGAGAAUCCGACUUGCGAUUCCCUUCCCCCACCAAAGAGAUCGUCAGCCCCUUCACCAAGUUGUUCUUGAGCAAGGACAAGAACACCAUCAAGGCAUUGUCCUUCGGAGCCCCUGAGCCCCUGAGCUGUGGCACAGACUGCACUAAAUACUGUGUGAGUUCGGACAUGAGCAAGGCUUGGAAGAAGGUUGCGAAAGAGGCCUACGAGACCUUGAUUGCCUGCAAUGGCACCGUGUCGUGCGACUCAGGCAGUUGCUACACCAAUGCGGGAGAAUAUUUUGAGAACAGCAUUGAGACAGGAAGGACCAUCAAAGGUGGUUUCUUGAAAGAUGCUGGUGAUGUUGCUGGUGGCAUCAUUGGACUCAUCCUUUCUCUGGUCGUUCUUUGCGGAGCCUUGAUUGUCAUGGUGAAGCUUCUGCACAGCCUUGUCAUGGGCCAGGCGAAGAAAGUGAUCAUGAAAGGCACCAAGAUGAAUGACUACUUGGCCAUCCUGGUGGGUCUGGGAAUCACUAUCAUUGUGCAAUCCAGCUCUGUGACAACAUCAGCUCUCACUCCGUUGGUUGGCAUUGGAGUCUUGCCAGUUUACAAGAUGCUCCCGAUGACCCUGGGAGCAAACAUUGGCACGACCUUCACUUCAAUGUUUGCAGCACUUGCAGUGAUGAAGGCAGGCAGUCUACAGAUUGCCUUUUGCCACCUGCUGUUCAACCUGAUCGGCAUUUUGAUCUGGUUCCCUGUGCCUGUCAUGCGCAAGGUUGUCAUCCGGGCUGCAUGCACGCUGGGCUUCUAUGCCUCAUACUGGCGCCUGGUUCCACUGAUCUACAUCUUGGUGAUGUUCGUUACAGUGCCUGGUGUGUGCUUGUUGAUUUCCUUGCUCUACUCAGCCAGUGUUGCUGGCGGUGUAGUGGUCACCAUCCUGGCCGUGGCUGCCGUGGCAGGCUUAGUCUACUGGUGGGUGAGACUGGGCGGCUGCUACAAGGUGGUGAGCCAAGAGGAACGUGACGCCCGAAAGGCUGAGAUUGAGGAGGAGAUGGGCGAGACGGGUGUGGCUGAGCCGAAGGAGGAACCUCAGGAGCAGAGUGCUGGGGAGUUCGCGGUCUUCGUGACUUUGAAAAUCCUUGGAGUCCUCAUCUCACUCUACUUUUUCCUCUUUGGUCUUGACCUGAUGGGCGGUUCCUUCAGUGCACUUGGCAGUAAGGGUGCCGGGAACCUGUUCACCUUUUCGGACAAUCCCAUUGCCGGCCUCAUGGUUGGCAUUUUGGCCACUGUCUUGGUGCAGUCCUCAUCAACAAGCACGAGUAUCGUCGUUGGUUUGGUUGGGGCUGAUGUGUUGGCGGUCAAGCAGGCAAUCCCAAUCAUCAUGGGCGCGAACAUUGGCACCUCUGUCACAAACACCAUUGUCAGCAUGGCACAUGCCGGAGACCGCAUCGAACUGGAGCGCGCCUUUUCUGGUGCCACUGUCCAUGACAUGUUUAACAUGCUGUCCGUCCUGACCUUGUUGCCCCUGGAAAUCAUCAUCGCAGCCCUGUCCGGAGAGGGAGGCUUGCUCUUUUUCAUUUCGAAGGGUUUGACGAACGCGAUCAUAGGCGGAGGUGGAGAAUCCGACUUGCGAUUCCCUUCCCCCACCAAAGAGAUCGUCAGCCCCUUCACCAAGUUGUUCUUGAGCAAGGACAAGAACACCAUCAAGGCAUUGUCCUUCGGAGCCCCUGAGGCCCUGAGCUGUGGCACAGACUGCACUAAAUACUGUGUGAGUUCGGACAUGAGCAAAGCUUGGAAGAAGGUUGCGAAAGAGGCCUACGAGACCUUGAUUGCCUGCAAUGGCACCGUGUCGUGCGACUCAGGCAGUUGCUACACCAAUGCGGGAGAAUAUUUUGAGAACAGCAUUGAGACAGGAAGGACCAUCAAAGGUGGUUUCUUGAAAGAUGCUGGUGAUGUUGCUGGUGGCAUCAUUGGACUCAUCCUUUCUCUGGUCGUUCUUUGCGGAGCCUUGAUUGUCAUGGUGAAGCUUCUGCACAGCCUUGUCAUGGGCCAGGCGAAGAAAGUGAUCAUGAAAGGCACCAAGAUGAAUGACUACUUGGCCAUCCUGGUGGGUCUGGGAAUCACUAUCAUUGUGCAAUCCAGCUCUGUGACAACAUCAGCUCUCACUCCGUUGGUUGGCAUUGGAGUCUUGCCCGUUUACAAGAUGCUCCCGAUGACCCUGGGAGCAAACAUUGGCACGACCUUCACUUCAAUGUUUGCAGCACUUGCAGUGAUGAAGGCAGGCAGUCUACAGAUUGCCUUUUGCCACCUGCUGUUCAACCUGAUCGGCAUUUUGAUCUGGUUCCCUGUGCCUGUCAUGCGCAAGGUUGUCAUCCGGGCUGCAUGCACGCUGGGCUUCUAUGCCUCAUACUGGCGCCUGGUUCCACUGAUCUACAUCUUGGUGAUGUUCGUUACAGUGCCUGGUGUGUGCUUGUUGAUUUCCUUGCUCUACUCAGCCAGUGUUGCUGGCGGUGUAGUGGUCACCAUCCUGGCCGUGGCUGCCGUGGCAGGCUUAGUCUACUGGUGGGUGAGACUGGGCGGCUGCUACAAGGUGGUGAGCCAAGAGGAACGUGACGCCCGAAAGGCUGAGAUUGAGGAGGAGAUGGGCGAGACGGGUGUGGCUGAGCCGAAGGAGGAACCUCAGGCAGAGUCGACUGUUUGAGUGCGAGAUGAAUCUCAGAUGAUCUGAGAUCUCUUGGCUGACAUGGACUUUUUUCUAGUUCCAGCAAACCUUUAAUCUUUAAUAUCCUUUAAUUAAUUCAUGUGGUGGUGGGUUGCUAGCGUCCUUGUCGCGCUGAGCAGUAAACCAACGCUACCACUUCUUUGCAUUUUCUAUUGAUGGCGUUGUGCUGGCCAUAAGCAGCAAUCUGGGUGAACCCAGUUUUUUUUUGCAGAAGCCUAGGGUCCCAAAACCCGACCCCAAAGGGGGAGGAUCAACCCUGUUCUGCUCUUGCGCUGCCCAGCAAAGAGCAAAACCUCUGUUGUGGGGUAAGCACUUUGGAGAAGUGCUAGCGCUUUGGAGAAGUGCCAGCGCUGAUAGAAUCUUGUCGCAGACUUGGACAAUUGCCUCCUAGAUGCGUC